CUCUCUCAUCUCACUCUCUUUCUCUCUCUACAUUUUGAUUCCUCUCUGAGUUCUAAUUCCAAUUGCAGCUACACAGAGGCCUGGAUUCAAAGACACCCACAUGAAGAAGUUUAUAUUGAAGUUGGAAUUGAAUGAUGAUAAAGACAAGAGAAAGGCUAUGAAGACUGUAGCAGCAUUUGCAGGGAUUGAUUCAAUCACCAUAAACAUGAAAGAGAAUAACAUGACAAUUGUUGGAGCCGUUGAUCCAAUAAGCGCUGUCAGCAAGCUCCGAAAACUCUGGCCAACGUAUUUAGUAUCAGUAGGGCCCGCUAAAGAGCCUGAAAAGAAAGAGGAGCCCAAGAAAGAAGAACCGAAGAAAGAGGAGCCCAAGAAAGAGGAAACCAAAGAAGAACCCAAGAAAGACGAGCCUAAAACAAAAGAACCCGCAAAAGAAGAAGCCCCGAAGGAAGAAGCCACGAAGGAAGAAGCCAAGAAAGACGAGCCUAAAGAAGAGGGAGAAAAGAAGAGUGCUCCACAACCACAACCACAACCUCAACCACAAGAGCAGGUUGUCGGGAUGCUUAUGCCCUACAAAUUACCAUAUUACCCUCCAAUGCAUAGCUACUAUAACUAUCAACCACCCCAUCACCAAAGCAUAGAGGAGAACCCAAAUGCUUGUGUUAUUUGUUGAAAUAAUUUGUGAUUAAGAAUAUAUAUUUCUAAGGGUCUUUUCCCAAAUCUUUUGGAUGGUUGUCAAUAUGCAUUAUCUUGAUGAGGCAAAGAUGCCCACAAAAGGUGAGAAUGCCUUUUUGUAUAAAAGUGAUAUGCUUUUAUUAGAGUUUUGAUAAAGGUGUAAGCACAAUAAUAAGAAAUUUUGUACGCAUUUCAAUGA